AUGCCGCCUCUUCAUGACCAUUCCGCUGAGCUUUUGUCUCAAGUGCCGUCGACACAGACCGCGAGCAAGAGACCCCAUGACGAGAUGACUGAUUCCGAAGAUCAUGCCGCCAUUCCACCGAAGCGAUCAAAGCUGAGUGGCACUGGCGAUCGCAUUGUCACCUCCAGAAAGAAAAUUCGCAACAAGCCGACACGCGAUGCAUACACCGUGGGCUGGAUAUGCGCCCUUCCGGUCGAAAUGGCCGCUGCGGAGGCUAUGCUUGACAAUGUACACGAGGACCUCCGUACCCAUGCUCACGAUGGCAAUGGCUACCUACUUGGUAGUAUGGGCAUUCACAACGUCGUCAUUGCCUGUUUGCCAUCAGGUCAGUACGGCACGAUAACCGCAGCGCUUGUGGCCUCCGACAUGGAGAAAACCUUCUCUUCCAUACGAUUUCGGUUGAUAGUCGGAAUCGGUGGUGGCGUUCCGGGUCGUUUUGAUGUACGGCUUGGUGAUGUUGUGGUUAGCCAUCCGACGAGGACUUCUCCAGGUGUGGUACAAUAUGACUUCGGCAAGACGGAGCAAAACGGCCGCUUCACUCGACAAGGAGUGCUCAACAAACCGCCUCGAGAGCUUCUCACGGCAAUUGCCAAGCUACGGUCACACCAUGGGAUAACUGUUCCUGUCAGAUCGAAGGAGCAAACCCAAUCCAAGGCUGCCUGCACCUACCUGGGAGUUGAACAAGAUCGGCUAUUUGAGGCUGAUCAUGAGCAUCACGGGGACACUUGCAUCAACUGUGACCUUUCCCGGCUCGUGAAGAGGCCGGCGCGGCCCGACAACAGUCCAAUGGUUCACUACGGUAACAUAGCCUCAGGCGACCAAGUCAUGAAGCACGGCACAACAAGAGAUCUCAUUGCCAAAGAGCUUAGUGUGCUCUGUUUUGAGAUGGAGGCGGCUGGGCUGAUGGACAAAUUCCCAUCCUUGGUCAUUCGGGGCAUCUGCGAUUACGCGGACUCGCACAAGACAAAGGAGUGGCAGCCGUACGCUGCAGCAACAGCAGCUGCGUACGCGAAGGAGCUUCUCUCGUUCAUUCAUGCUCAUGACGGCCAUAGUACACCCACCUCUUCAGUGUCUUCUGUCGUCAAUGAGCUUGAAACGACGCAACAGCAAAGGCUCCUCCUUCUAGCAUCCUUGGAAUUCGAAAACAUCGGGAGCCGUCACGAAGGCAUCCGGAAAGCCUACGCCAAGACCUGCCAGUGGCUGCUUCAGCACCCCGACUAUACGAGCUGGCAGAAUGACGAGAACUUCAGCGACCACCACGGGUUUCUUUGGAUCAGCGGGAAGCCCGGUGCUGGCAAAUCCACCAUCAUGAAGUUCCUUGUCAGUCGAGCUAGUCGGUCCCCAAAGGCAGUCGUCAUAUUCUUCUUCUUCAACGCCAGAGGAAAUGCUCUCGAGAAGACGGUCACGGGACUGUACCGGUCCCUCUUCCAUCAACUUCUCAAACAACUUCCGGUCUUGCAGGAGGUUCUAGAUGACCCAAGGCUUCCUUUUUUGGAAAAAGACACAUCUCAUACAUGGAAGCUCGACCAUCUGAGGUCCCUGUUCUUGGACGCAAUCAAAAGAGUCAAGACGCAUCAGGUGAUCUGUUUCAUCGACGCUCUCGAUGAAUGCCCCGAGGAUCAGGUCAGGGAAAUGCUGGAUUUCUUCCAAGAGCUUGGGGAGCGCGCCGUCUUGAGCAAAACUCGCAUGCACACUUGCUUUUCCAGCCGUCACUAUCCGCACAUUGGCAUCAAGAACGGGGUGAGGCUGACUUUGGAGGCCCAAGCCGGCCACGCCAAAGACCUUGAGGAAUAUGUGCGAACGAAGUUGGAGAACGGCGACGCGGACAGUCCUCAAGCCAUCGAUAUUGUGAAACAGAUUCUGCAAAAGGCAUCCGGAGUGUUCAUGUGGGCUGUCCUGGUCGUGGAAAUACUCAACAAGGAGUAUCAGAGGGGCCGCAUAUUCGCAGUGCAAAGGCGUCUCGAUACGAUACCAGAGAAACUAGGCGACCUCUUCAAGGACAUCUUGACCCGGGACAACGAGAACAUGGACGACUUGCGCCUCUGCAUCCAGUGGAUUCUCUUCAGCAGAAGACCGCUGAAACUGAAGGAGUACUACUUCGCUCUGGCGUCUGGACUGGAAACUGAUGACGCUUUGGUGUGGGACUCUUCUCGGAUUCCGCAGAAAUGCAUGGAGCUGUUUGUCUUGAGCUCGUCCAAAGGCCUUGCCGAGACUACUGCGACAUCCAAGGCGACGAACACGGACCCCACGGUUCAGUUCAUUCAUGAGUCGGUUCGGGAUUUUCUGCUCAAAGACAAUGGCUACAAAGCCAUCUGGCCGGAUGCAGGACCCGACUUCGAGGCGAAAAGUCACGACAGGUUGAAAUCCUGCUGCUUUUCAUACAUCAAGGUUGCCGCCACGCACUGGUUAUCCGUCUCAAUGUAUGCUGGAACGUCACUUCCGAAGGCAUGCUCGUAUGAGGCGAGCGAUCUACGACUCUUUGUUGGAUACAUGCUACCAUUUUUGGAGUAUGCCAACAGUCAGCUUUUCCCCCAUGCCGAAUGUGCUGCAGCUGUCAUGUCAAAGAUACGCUUCCUCCAAGAGUUCAGGCAGAUCCAGGCUGCGUGGGUCGUAUUCUUCAACCUUUUCGAAAAGUACGAAGUGCGUCGACUCCACAAGAAGACGAGUCUUCUCUGCAUUCUGGCGAUCCAGAACUCGAGUUCCCUGCUUCGAGAAUGCCUAAAACUCGGCAUUGGAGCAGAAGAGCCAACGUGGAGGGUUAGCAGUGAGCACUACUGCACACCACUUCACGCGGCCGUCUUCAAAGGUUCCCAAGAGGCAGCCGAAGUACUAGUGCGCUACAGCGCUAAGAAUGGGGGAAGCCUACGCAAGCAAGCGGCGAGGGAGCUCCAUAUUGAUGUCGUCAACAAGAGGGGGCGUACUGCUCUAUCAAUCGCCGUCGAGAAGCAGCAAAGCAGAGUUGUAGGGGCGUUGCUCAGACGUGGAGCGGAUACGACACACAAGGACCGGAACGGCCAAACUCCUUUCGAUUUGGCCAUUGAGAGAGGUCAUGUACCUACGGCGAUGCCUUUUUUUGAUCCGGUCGAUCCGGUCUAUUCAGUCGAUGCAGUCAAAUCAGUCGGUCCAUCACCAUAUCAACGAAAUUCUACCGAGCUUCUCAAACAGGCAAUCGCUUCGGCAGUGCGCUUGAGACAAGAUAAAAUGCUCGAUGCGUUGCUCAAGCGCGGCUCGGAGCUCGGCGUGGAUCUCGGAAGCGAGCGUUCGCGCUUUGCAGAAGUUGUUGUGAGGGAGAAAGCCACAAGUCUUCUGAGAAUCUUUCUCGAUAACGGUGCUCCCGUUGACGAUGAUCUGCUAUGUUUAGCAGUUCGGAGCUGCCACAAAGCAACGGUACAAAUUCUUCUCGACGCAGAGGCAGACCUUUAUGGGUCCGGGGCGCUUCACCUAGCUGCUGAGUCUGGCGACAACGCUAUAAUAGAACUCUUGCUACAAAAGGGGGCUGACGUCCAGGGACAGGAUGGAUCAGGUCGGUCACCGUUGUGUAUGGCGUCUGCACGCGGACACCACAGAAUUGCAGAGAUUCUCCUUGGAGAGGGCGCGGACAUCAAUCAUGCGGAUUCCAGAGGCCGCAAUCCACUUUGGAGGUCAAUCCACGCCGGUCAUCCACACGUUGUCAAGCUUCUUUUGGACAAAGGCGCCAACGUCCACUGCGUUUACAUCAAGGGCUGCCGGCCGCUUCAUCUAGCCAUCCGUAUGAUGAAUAGCGCGCAGGAAAGCGUGCAGUUACUUCUUGAAAAGGGAGCCGAUGUCAACUGCCAGCAAGACAACGGCAUGACGGCGCUUCAUCUUGCAGCGCAGAGAGGAGAGCAUUCUGUUGUGGAAACGCUACUAAGAUACGGCGCUGACCCCAACCUGGGCGACAAGCGCGGCAAAACAGCGCUCUCUGAAGCCAUCAAUCGCGCCGUCGAGUCUUACCCCGACCACUCGCAAGAGACAAUCUUGUCUCUCGUCCGGGGCGGCGCCGAAUUGGACGCUCCCAGCCCGGAAGGCUUGGACAUUCGCGCCUGGGCCCUUCGGUUGGAAGAGAAGCAUCCAGGGAUCGGUAUUCAUCAGUCGCUGUUGGCGGUGAGGGAAGAUGGAGCCCUCACUAGCCUUCUUCGACACUUCAGAGAGGGCAUACCACCAGCCGACACGCCCAAGUGUCGAUUUGAGUACUCUGGCAAAGAAGUCGAUGACUUCCCGAGACCUGCAGCUUAUCGCCCGCGAGGCUCAACGGACGGCGAGUGUACGCUGGAGAAUGUCGGAAAGAACGCCUUGCUCCCAGCUGAAUGUCGCGGCAGGCUGCAGGCUGCAGUCGACGGGCGCUGCGGUUCCGGGCCAAUAUUACGAGGACUGCAACGACGUGGCCCUACCUGGCUGGGAAAGGAGUCUUCCAGAACCACGUUCCAUGCUGGCCGAAGCACGUCGACAACGCCGGCAAUCAUGGGCAAGCGAGCGCAGACGGAGGAAUCAAACGAUUCGGAGGAAGAACGGCGCCCAAGAUUGACCAAGCGACCUCGGGAGGAGGAGGAAGAGGAGCCUUCUACGGACGAAGACAGUAACGGUGACGACAGUGACAACAGCGACAGUAGUGAUGACUGCAGCGAUAGCAGCGACGACAGCUGUACGGCACCCGACUCGAAGCGACCGAGGGUGCAGCAGACUCUCCACUGUGAGGACUACACAGUUGGCUGGGUAUGUGCGCUUCCCAAGGAGAUGAAGGCUGCGAGGUUGAUGCUGGACGACCUUCACGAGUCCCUAGCCAAAAUACCAGGCGACGAAAACACCUACACUUUCGGAAACAUCAGGGACCACAACAUCGUUAUCGCUUGUCUUCCUUCCGGCCAAUAUGGAAUCACCUCCGCGGCAAUCGUGGCCGAAAACAUGCGCAGGAGCUUUCCCUCAAUCAAGGUCCGGCUGAUGGUAGGCAUAGGGGGCGGCGCUCCGGACAAGCACGACGUACGUCUCGGGGACGUCGUGGUCAGUCACCCGACAGCCACUUCUACGGGGGUGGUGCCGUAUAACUUUGGCAAGACCGUGCAAGCCGGGCGGUUUGAGCAAACAGGGUUUCUGAACAAGCCUCCACGGGAGCUCCUUGCCGUUGUCGCCAAGCUGCGAUCUGACGACAGCUCACUUCCGGAUCGUAUCUCUGCAAGCCUUGGUCAACUCCAGGAACGCGAUCCUUCAUCAGCACCCUUCACAAAACCACCAGACGAUCCAGACAGGCUUUUCGAUGCCACAUACGACCACAUCAAAGGGGAAGAUACUUGCGCUAAAUGCGAGGCUUCUAAGCUGCUGGAACGUCCGAGGAGGCCUACCGAUCACCCCAAGAUUCACUAUGGCGUUAUUGCUUCUGCAGACCAAGUCAUGAAGCACGGUCUUACUAGACGGCAGCUGGCGGAUGAUCACGACCCUCUUUGUUUCGAGAUGGAAGCAGCUGGUCUGAUGGACAGCUUUCCCUGCUUGGUUAUUCGCGGAAUCUGUGACUACUCAGACUCCCAUAAAGCCAAGAAAUGGCAGGAGUAUGCCGCUGCGACCGCCGCGGCUUAUGCAAGAGAACUCAUUUGUGUCAUCCCUACGCAUGUAAUUCAGAAUAGCUUGGUGCAUGCCAACCUGUCCCCUGCCGACAAAGCAAUGCGACGAAAAGAUCUAUGGGAGUCACUCACAUUCGACCAGAUCGACAGCCGACAAUCGAACAUCAAGUCCGCGCUUGGGAAGACAUGCCGCUGGUUGACCAGCCAUCAAAGCUACAGAGACUGGCUGGAUCCCGCGAAGCUACCUGAGCAUCACGGAUUCCUCUGGAUCAGUGGGAAACCCGGCGCGGGAAAAUCAACCAUCAUGAAGUUCGUCAUGAGCCGCACGAAAAGAGGAAAAAUCAAAAAGUCACCAGCGAAUGCGGCCGUCAUCCACUUCUUCUUCAACGCGAGAGGCGAGGAGUUGGAGAAAACGACCUUGGGAAUGUAUCGCUCCCUCCUCCACCAGCUGUUGGAGAACUUGCCGGAUUUGCAACAAGUACUUGACACGGCAAACUUCAGCCUUCUGAAAGAGGGCAGUUCCUUCCCUUGGGAGUUGCGAUUGCUGCAGAAGCUUUUCAAAAAGGCGAUCCGGAAACUUGGGCAGCGCCAGAUUAGUUGCUUCAUUGACGCACUCGACGAGUGUGCCGAAGAAGAGGUCAGGGAGAUGGUCAAGUUCUUUGAAGGAAUUGGUCGACUUGCCAUCAAAAGAGGAACCACACUCUAUACCUGCUUUUCUAGUCGCCAUUACCCGCACAUCUCUAUCCGAAAUGGUCUACGGCUUACACUAGAAGAACAGAACGGUCACGAAAAAGACCUGGAGGAAUACGUUCGAGAGAAGCUGGAAACCAAGAACAAGAAGCAAACCAAUGAUCUCACGACCCAAAUACUUCGCAAAUCCUCUGGGGUUUUCAUGUGGGUAGUCUUGGUUGUCGACAUCCUCAACAAGGAGAUUCGACGAGGGCGGAUGUUUGCAGUCAAAGGAAGGCUUGACGCGUUGCCCGCAGGACUAAGUGACCUUUUCGAAGACAUCCUGACGAGAGACAACGACAACAUGGAAGACCUGCUUCUAUCGAUUCAAUGGAUCCUCUUCGGUAAACGACCUUUGAACCGAGAGGAGUAUUACUUUGCUCUUCUAUCGGGCUUGAGCACAUCUGAAGCUCUGCAAAGCCCUGACGAGGUCCCGGCAGAAUCGAUGGAGCUUUUCGUUGUCAGCUCUUCCAAAGGACUCGCAGAGACUAUCUCAACAGAAACACACGCUCGAACAGUACAAUUCAUUCACGAAUCUGUGAGGGAUUUUCUCCUCAAAGAUGGCGGGCUACGCAAGCUCUGGCCAGACUUGGGCGAGGAUUUCGAGAACCGAAGCCACGAUCGGCUAAAGACUUGCUGUCUUGUGUACCUCAACAAAGUCGACCUCUUAGCUCAACAUUCUGAAGACAAUUACUUGUUGAACACUUCCAAUGAAGACUCGAACAGGAUCAAGAAUAGUGUUACGGACGAGUUUGAGUUCCUGGAUUACGCGACGAAUAUGGUUCUGUGUCAUGCUGACGUAGCGGCGAAAACAGUCCCUCAAGACGACUUCUUUCUGGGCUUCCCACUUGACCAAUGGAUCAAGUUGAACAACGUAUUGGAGGGCGACAAGGUUUGGCGGCACAAGCCUUAUUCCGCUAGUCUAACGUACAUCAUCGCAGGGAAAGGCUUAUCAAUGCUUAUUGAGACGGCUUUGCGUCUUGACUUCGACAUAGAGACCCAUGGGGGGCACUACAAAUAUCCGCUCCUCGCCGCUCUGAAGGAAGGCCAUGAGAGGACAGCCGAAAUCCUUUUGCAGCAUUUCGUAGUCAAAGCGGGACAAAGUAAUCAUGUUCCUGGGUCAAACUGGAGCACCGAAGUUCCCGCAAGUAUCAACUGUCACGACACAGAAGGGCGGACGCCAUUUUUCUUUGCAGCACAAAGAGGUCAGAUCAAAAUCGCGAGACGGUUGCUUGAAUUGGGCGCGACGGCUUUUUCCACGCCGAAGAAGCUUCGGUCUUCACCAUUUUAUGAAGCAGUCGAGAAAGAACAAGAAGACAUUGUAAAGCUUAUUCUAGACUGGCACUUUGAGGCUGGGCGUCCUGGAUCCAUCUCAACUUCUUGUCUUUCCGACGUCUCAAACUCACACGACAUCAACAGACAGUUACUCGGCGUAGACACUUCGAAUGUGAAACUUAGCGGGGAAAACAUGAGUCUUACGGAAGUAGCCGGUGGAACAGUCCAAAAAGAUAUUCAAUACGCAUUGGGUGUUGCCGCCAGGUUCGGUCAUACAGGCAUUGCAAGGCUUCUGCUUGCUUAUGGCGCGGAUCCCCAAGGAACCGACUACAAUAUGGAAACACCACUGAAAAGGGCUAUCGAGGCGGGAAUGGAAGCUGUUAUGGAGCUGUUGCUUGAUGCCGGAGCCACCCUCAGUCCGGCGGAAACGUUGGUUGAUGCAGGGGCCUCUGUUCAAGCCAUCGGCAACCAGAACGAAACACCCCUCCACCACGCAUGUGCAAGAGGGGAUUCGGAAAUUGCAACCACCUUGAUCAACGCCGGGGCGGAUAUUCAAGCAACUGACAAUAAGGGCAACACGCCACUUCACUUUGCAUGCUGGGGAGGGCACGCAGAGAUGGUGGAGGCUCUGAUCAGCCAAGGCGCCAAUGUUCACCAUCGCGACGAAGAUGGCAGGACUCCAAUAUUUGAUGCUGCUGCGUGCAUUUAUUCACAUGGCUUGGGUAUUUCUUUGGAGAUUUUACUCAACCAUGGCGCUGACAUUAACGAAAGAGACAGAAGCAGGCAGUCACCCCUUUUCAGCGCCGCAGAAUCUGGCUCAGAAGAAAGUCUUUCAUUUAUCUUAAGAAAAAAUGCCGAUGUGGGUGUUGUGGACGACUUUAGCCAAACGGCAUUGUUUGUGGUCGGGGGGAUUGAUCAAGCAUCGAAAGCAAGGAUACUGGUCAAAGCAGGCCUGAACCCCAAGCAUAGGGACAGUUUGGGGCAAACGACACUUCACGCAGCAUGUCUUACCCAUCGCUCAGAUCUUGAAUACCUGGAAUUCCUCCAUGAAGAGAUACAUGGCGACUUCGGGGUGGACGUACGAGACAACGCAGGCCGGACACCACUGCUGAAUGCCGCGAAGUCAUGCAACGUCAAUGCCAUUGAUUUUCUUCUCCAAAAGGGCGCCGAUCCCAACGCUACCGAUGCGGAAGGACGCACUUCUCUUUACGAAGUCUUACUGGUCGACUUAUCCUCUUAUAGAGAAAAACUUCGUUUGGCAGCGGUUCAAGGUCUGCUUGACAGCGGAGCCGACACCACGAAGCCAUGCCCAGCAGGCGAAAGUCUGAUAGACCUGGCUUCUAGACUGUGGAGAGUCAAGGAACUACACUUGCUUAGGUCUCGGUUGGAAAGAAGCAAAGAAGAUGGCGUCCUUGAAGUUGUCUUCUGA